GAAGCCUCGCACUCUCCCUGCACGAAACACCACAUCGCCGAACAGCCUUUCAACGCGGCUACCUUCUCUUGAAGGCUAGUAGACACAGCCAAGUCUUCAGAUACAACAGAAAGGCUCUCCCAAGUCCGGAGAUAUAUGCAGCCCUCGCAGUCAUUUGCGAUUGAUGCUUUUCUUCUAGCAAACUCAUGCCGCACCCGACAUCGCGACACCCCGCCUCCACACUCAACAAACCACACGCUCUGCAUAGCGAACAAUACUCCGAGAAAGAGGCUUUGGAAGGGAGGGAAAACAACGAGAGACAAAGGAAGUCGUAGUGAGAAGAGGAGGGGGAUGGGUUGCUUACCUAGAUGUACAGGAAAAGUUUAUAAAACUACCGUCGACGGCAGCAAAUUGAAGCACGAAACCUUCUAUUCGAGAGACCCAACAAUGUAUUCUGAUGAACGUCAUCAGCGCAAGUUCGUUUCUCGUAUCCAUGAGCCUCCCCCUACCACGCCGCAUACGGGUCGUUAAGCUUUGAGGCAGACGCCUCCGAUUGCGCAGAGGACAAGGACCUUGAGGUGGAUGAAUACAUACCGAGCAAGAUCUAUCCCACAAUAACGCUCAAUCUCUAUCGAAAUAAACGCUUUGGAAGUAACUGCUCUCGUUGUCAGCACAACAUGCGGCGGCUCCAGGUUCGAUGCGGUUCAGCUGCAA